AUGCGCGUCUUCUCGACAAUUGCCACUGCCGCGGCGCUGGCCAACUUGGCUGUUGGCUCUCCGGCUGCGGGAAAUGGCUCGUCUUCUGGAAUUGUCCAAGGGGCUGCCGCUGAAAUCGUUUCGACCAGUGUAGUCAGUACCACAACAGCAGCAGCAAACGGCCCCAAUGAGCCUGUUGCAGCAGCCGCACCUGCUGCCGCUACCACUACGGCCCCCGCCAAUGCCGCUGAGUCGGCUGCGGCUUCCACUUCGACCCCCAUCGUCUCCGUUCCCAUACCUGCCGCAGCAGAUAGCACUGCAGCUGCUUCUACUGCCCCGGCUGUGGCUGUCAGCAGCGCGCCUGAUGCAGCUACCGGCGUUGCCAGCUCUGUCGCAGCGGCCGCCACUUCCACGACCUCCCCAUCCGGCACCACUGGCGCCUCUGACUCGACAACCACCACAGCCAGCACCAAGGCCAGCACUACAACGUCUGCUAGUGCCGGCGAUAUUGCAGAUUUACUCAGCAGCUUGUUGGGUGGAAGUAGCACCACCACAAGCGGUCUAGGCGGUCUUAUCACUGAUCUUGAGAACUACCUGAGCGGUAUCACUGGCUUGCUUAGCCCAACGUUCUUGAAGAAUCUCGAAUCAUUCACGAACAACUUUGCCUACUUCUUGGAUGCGCCUACAACUGAUCAGACAAAAGAGAUUAUCUCUGUCACCCAUCAGCUCAUCAACAACGGCACUGCUUCGUCUCUCAUAAGCUUGCUGUCAUCUGCAGGACAGCUAUUGACACCAACAUUCAUCAAUGAAACAAGCAACCUGAUCAGCAAGGUCUCGCCAUUGAUUGAUGAAUUGGGCCCAUUGUUGACCAAAGACACUGUCACCAACAUCGAAGCUCUGUUGACUAAUGGUGCAGCGUUGUUGACACCAGAGUUCGUCAAGGACACCCAGGCUCUCAUCACAGAUGUCGCGCCAAUCUUGGGAGAUCUCAGGCCGCUGUUGAGCAACCAGACUCUUUCCGAACUCGAGGGUCUGCUCACCAAUGCCAAUGGCUUGUUGACCGCCUCGAACACCAAGGCAAUUGCAUCAUUGCUCAGCAACGCCAAUGAUCUGUUGACGCCAGAGUUCGUCAAGGACACCCAGGCUCUCAUCACAGAUGUCGCACCAAUCUUGGGUGAUCUCAAACCACUACUGAGCAACGAGACUAUCUCUGAACUCGAGAGUCUCCUCGUAAAUGCCAAUGGCCUGUUGACGACUAAGAAUACCCAGGCUAUCGAGACUCUGCUCACCAACGCCAACACGUUGUUGACCGCUGAUAAUACCAAGGAGAUUGAAGCCUUGUUGUCCAAUGCCAACGGCUUGUUGACCGCCGACAACACCAAGGAGAUUGAAGCACUGUUAUCCAAUGCCAACAGCUUACUGACACCUGACUUUGUAAACGAGACCAAGAGUUUGAUCGGCGAUGCUGCACCACUCCUCGGUGAACUCGGCCCUAUUCUUACAGCCGCAGCGCCCUUGUUGACCACUAAGAGCAUCGACAACAUUGAAACUUUGUUGACCAAUGCGGGCAGCUUGUUGAGUACUUCCAAUACUCAAGAAAUUGAGAACUUACUUGCAACCGCCAGCGGCCUGCUCACUGAAGAGAAUACCAAGGAUAUCGAGUAUUUGGUCACCAACGCUACCAAGCUGUUGACUCCAAGCUUCGUCUCGGAGACAAGUGGCUUGAUUGGCGACGCUGCUCCUCUGCUCAGCGAAGUCGCCCCGAUCUUGGCACUCGUCAAGCCACUGUUGACCAAUACCACUAUCGCGGAACUCGAGGGCCUGCUCGGCGGUGCUGUCAGUCUCUUGACGCCCAAGUUCAUCAACGAGACUCGGGAUCUCAUCGACGAAGUCGGACCUAUCCUCUCGACCGUUUCGCCAUUGAUCACACCCAAGUAUAUCGAAGAGCUCGGAUGGUUGUUGACCAACGCCAGCAACUUGCUGACUCCAAGCUUCGUCUCGGAGACAAGUGGCUUGAUUGGCGACGCUGCUCCUCUGCUUAGCGAGGUCGCCCCGAUCUUGGCUCUCGUCAAGCUGUUGUUGAGCAAGGAUAACAUCGACGAUAUCGAAUACCUCCUCACCAAUGCCAGCAACCUUCUUACACCCACGUUUGUCAAUGACACUCGUGGCCUCAUCACUGAAGUCGCUCCAGUCAUCACACCAGAUCUCUUGGCCCAGGUUGGCGGCUUGCUAAGCAAUGCUGACCACCUCUUGACGCCUACCUUCGUCAAUGAAACGGGGUCGCUCAUUGGUGAUGUCUACCAGCUUCUGCCAUUGUUGAGCAGUCUCAUAAACGCUUUGUAA